UGAAGUUGGGUCUUCCUCUAUCCCAAUCCUUGCAUACUUCGGAUCACCUUAAACCUUAUUCUUUCUGUGUAUUUGGCUUUUCACCCCAGUUUAGUGCUUGCAUAUAUCCUUUCAUGUGAUGCUUGAAGUUUGCAUCAUGGUGAAAAAUUUCUAGACUCAGUUUCUCAGCGUUCUUUGUUGCUGUUUUUUUCUGCAAUUAAAUGUUUUAACUAAUAUUGAAGUCUCUGCAGGGGAAAAUCUUAGGUGUAGUAUUAAAGUGUUAACAACUUAAACAUCUAACUCUAUCUUUCUCUUUCUCUUUGAUAUCUUAUGAUUCAGGCAUUAUCUCCUUGACUUGAUGAGAGUCACUCCUCGUGAUGCAAACUACACUGGACCUGGGUCUCGAUUUUGUAUCUUGAGACCAGAAUUAAUUACAGCUUUUUGCCAGGCCAAAGCUACAGAGAGAUCCAAAACUAAGUCCACGUCUCAAGGAGAUGCUCAUAUUGCCAGUAAUUCUCCAAAUGUUGAUGGUGAAAUACAGAUAAAUGGAUUCAGAUUACCAACGAAGGUUUUGGGACUCGGAGAUAUCGAGGGCAAAGGUUAAUUGUAGAUCGAACUUCUGGAAAGCCGUGUCGGAUAUUAAGUUCAAACUGACUCCAGCCCAAAUAAAGAAGUUUGAGGAUAGCUGUUUUGGCCACUUUUUGAAGGCCAACGAGAUACAAUUUAGUGGCCACAUCGUCAACAGCAUGCUGUAUAGGCAAUGUGUUUGCGACGACAAGGACUCUAUGGUAUUCAAUUUUGGAGGGCGUGGUGCUAGAUUUACACAGAGGGACUUCACCAUAAUUACAGGUCUACGGUUUGGUUACGAACCCAAUAGGCAGGUUAACAUCUCUACUCGUAUUAGUGACACGUAUUUUGGCGGAAAGCGAAAGGUCACUAAUUCGGAGAUAACCGAAGCUUUCCUGACUGCACAGUGUCAAGACAAUGAUGAAGCCGACGAUGAUAGAUUGAAGUUGGCUUUAUUAUAUUUCCUAGAGACGGUUCUUCUAGGCAAAGAAAGCAUGGCCACCGCACCUCAUAAUCACUUGGAGAUGGUGGACGAUUUAGAGUACUUCAAUAACUAUCCAUGGGGUACUUUAUCGUAUACUACCACCAUUAGAUCAUUGAAGAGUGCUUUUGAGCAUAGAGAGUCCAUCGCUUUAAACAAGUCAAAGAGUUAUAGUCUUUGUGGGUUUCCUUUGGCUUUCAUGAUUUGGGGUUUUGAGACAAUUCCUUCGUUGGGUCAAGCAUUCGGAAAGAAGUUGCCGGACAUGGCAUUCCCUCGAAUUCUUAAUUGGCAUUUUUCACAAGUGCCAAGAUUUGAGAAGGCCACUGAACUCUUCGAUCAUCGUGAUUAUCCCGUUCAUGGCUUAAUGAAUGUGACUGAAGUUGAGCAUGCAUAUAUCGGCAACUUGGCAUUGGAUGUACAUCAUGACAGUACUCCAUACAAUGUUGCACCUGCUGUUCGAGACAAGCCACCACAGGCAAGUCAUGAUGAAAAAGAUGAAGGUAUUCCACUUACAAGAAGUGGAAUAAGUAAGAAACGAAAAGAGGCGUCUGUGGAAAUUAUGGGAAAAAGAGGGAGGCGGCGAAUGGGACAUAAGCCGACAGACCAGCCUUCUUCAUCGACUGCAGGAGUUGCUGCUCAUGUUCAUGUUGAACCAAUGACUCCAUCCCAACCUCCAAUGACUCCAUCCCAACCUCCAACGACUCCAUCCCAUGAUGAGGUUUGAAUAAAUUGUAUGAAU